AUGGCGUACUCUGUCCAGAGCAUAUGCGUAGAAAGUGGCAGUUACAUAUACAUUCUCUCGUACGUAGAUGGAAUGUUUAUGAGCAUAUGCACGCUAAUUCUCUACAGGGAGUGUAAAGUCCUGUACAUUUCCCACUUUGAGAGUGCUUCUAUUGUAAAGGGCCUCUCUAGGA